AUGACUGUAGAACAUCCCAAAGUAUUUCUAGAUAUUCAAGCUGAUCAAGAAGAUAUUGGACGUCUUGUAUUUGAGCUAAACAGUACUGUUUGUCCCAAAACUACGGAAAAUUUCAGAUUGUUAUGUACCGGAGAGAAAGGUUUUGGUUUUCAGAACUGCGAUUGGUAUCGUAUAAUUCCUGGCUUUUGUGCUUGUUCCGGUGACUUUGAGACACAAAAUGCUGAUCGGAAAGGUGGAAAAAGUGCCUUUGGCGAUAAAUAUUUUGAAGACGAAAACUUUACUCUGAAGCAUGAUCGAAGGGGAACACUCUCAAUGGACAAUUUCGGAUGGCCAGACACAAAUUCGAGCAGAUUUUUUGUAACAUUCCAGGAGACGCCAUGGAUGGAUAACUUCCAUGUUGCAUUUGGUCAGUUAGUGGAUGGCUUUGAAGUACUGGAUCAAAUGGAGAAUUUGGGUAUUUUGGAGGGUUGUGGAGCACAAAAAGGCCGGACAAAGAAAAAUGUCAAAAUCAAAUCUUGUGGACAGUUGCCUUAA